CAAAUUCAAAAUGGCGGAUCAGGGUGCAAGUCUAGAUUCAGCCGAAAACGACAAGAAAGAUGAGAAUUACAUCUUGGUUAUAAAUUGCUGCGAAUGCAUGUCUUCACAGGAGUUCAUUCAGCAAAUAGUUCAAGAUGAAUGUCCAGCAGCAAAAUCAAUGGAUGGCUUCAGCUACUAUCCUUGGAGAAUCAAGAACAAGUAUUACUGUGCAGAUGUUAGGUUUGUUGCAGUUUCCAGUCAGAAUGAGAAACCAGAUUGGUUGAGCGGAGAUGAAGCACAAAUCACAGCUGUUGUCAUCCUAUUUGAUCAAACACAGCUCUCGUUUGAAGUGGCAAAGGCAUGGCAGCCUUGCGUGGAAUCCCAGGAUGCAUCAGUACUCCUCCUUGUUGGAACAAAAUCCCGGAAAACUGACACAAAUAAUGAUAUAGUACCAGAUAUAUCAACAUUGACAAGCAAAUUUCUGGAAUUUUCUAUCAAGCAUUCAUUUGAGUUUAUUGACCUAAAUGAAGAAGAAGACCCAGAAGAUGAUUUUAUGAAUACUGUUGGGUUUGAACGCAUUGUCCAGGCACUACAUGCAACAGAGUGGCCAAGUUUAGAAAUGAAAGAACAAGAAGCUAAAACUGGCAGCACAUCUGAAUCAACUUCAAGUGGCAAUGAUGACAGUAGAAAUGGAGCAUCUGAGAAUAAAACUGCUGAUAUCUCUCAGACUGGAUUUGAAACAUUCCAUGACAUGUUUGAUGGUAUAAUAGACGAGGCUGACCUUGACAAUGAAACAUCUUUUGAUAAAUUGUUCUCCCAAAUGAGGCUGAUGAAAGAAAAAGCUGAAAAUUUACCUCACACAGAAAGAAAAGCAUAUGCUGAGAAGGUUGCCGUUGCAUUUUGGAAAGCAAUUGGAGGGGAUGAAGAUGAAAUUGGGGAUCUCAAUAAAGACUGACAUAAAGUCAUUAAGAAUUUGUAUAUAAAGCGGAUACAUGUUCCCGUUGGAAGCUUGAGAGAAAAUGUCUGAAGAAUCUGUGGAAACAUCGUCAUCAGAGUGAGUGGGUGAAAAGGAGACACUGUGCAUGGAAGCCGCGAUUUAUGCAGAUAUGUGAGUGGGGCUUCUGAAUGAACUGUAUUCUGUGUACUGUGUUUAGAUUGUCGAGAUCUAUAGCUUAGGGGAUACGUGUGAGGUUUGGGUACAUGUACAUGUCAUUGAUAUGACAGAAUCAAUGAGACUAUGACUGGCGCCACUCCAUUGCACUUGACCUUCAUCCCCAAGUUGUAACAAACACUUCUAGGAAGUAGGAAUUGUUCUGACCAUACUGUAAUUGAAACAAUUGCGAUCACAAAUUAUUGCAAUGAUUUUAUUAUCAACACCAUUCAAUUUAAAUUCACAAAUGAUUUCAUAGAUUAUUUAACAAUUGAUAUGAAUCAUGAUACAUUAUAGCUGUAUCUAGAUUUUACAUAAUGUGUUUACUUCCUCAUGCGGUCUAACUGUGCAAUGUGCUGCCCAAAUUCAAUAUUUCAUGUGCUCAAGUGCAACCAUAUUUGUGUUGCACUUUCGCAAACACACACAACGCAUGUCCUUAAUAAUCUAACAUGCAAUUCCUGCUAUUUACAAAUUUCUGGCAUUGGGUACAAAUGACACUUCAUACAAAAUUGUUCAUCAGAUGCUAAAUGCUCAUUAACUUUUAAGGAACAUCUCACUUAGAUAUGG